AUGUCAGACGCCGUCUCCCUACUGCGCCGUCUGAUUCUCGAGUCCCCUCCUGGAGAAUGGGCACUGCGUCGUCUCCGAGAACUUCUGAUCGGGGCCCUGCGCCAGGGUCCGGUGCCGCAACAUGUGGCCUUUGAAAUGGACGGGAACCGGCGGUACGCCAGGAGUCACAGGAUGGAGACGAUCGAGGGGCACCAUCGCGGCUUCGAGGCUCUUGCCAGGAUCAUGGAAAUCUGCUACAAGUGCGGCGUCAAGGUCAUCACCGUCUAUGCCUUCAGCGUCGAGAACUACAACCGGCCCAAGCACGAGGUCGAAGGGCUCAUGCAGCUGGCCAAGGUCAAGCUGGAGCAGCUCACCACGUACGGCGACAUCCUGGACCGCUACGGCGCCUGCGUGCGCGUCCUCGGGCAGCGGGACAUGAUCCGCGAGGACGUCCUCCAGGUCGUCGAUAGAGCCGUCGCCAGGACCAAGCACAACGACAGAGCCGUCCUCAACAUCUGCUUCCCGUACACGUCGCGGGCCGAAAUCACCACUGCCAUCCGCAACACCGUCCAAGACUCCCUCAGCCCUUCGCCGCCCAAGAGCACCCCCUUCUCGCCCUCGCGCAUCCGCCAAAAGAUCCUGUCCACCCAGCUCGACGGCAAAGAGCCCCUCCCCACCAUCCCCGACGCCGACGACGACGUCGCCGACGAAUCCAACCUCGUGGACAUGGACGAAGACGCCGGCGACUCGUCGUCGACCACGCUGCCCCCGGACUCGCCCUCGCCCAGCCUCCGCUCCUCCUCGACCAAGCACCUCCCCAGUCCAGAGUCCAUCACCACCGACACCCUCAACGAGCACAUGUACACGGCUGCCGACCCGCCGCUGGAGCUCUUCGUGCGGACCAGCGGCGUCGAGCGCCUCAGCGACUUCAUGCUCUGGCAGUGCCACCAGGACACGCAGAUCGUCUUCAUCGACUGUCUGUGGCCAGACUUUGAUCUCCAGCACUUCAUCUGGGUCAUGUUGGAGUGGCAGUGGCGGCGGAAGCAAAACGAGAGGGACGAGACGAGCACCCUGGUCAAGGCCAAGAGCCGACGCCUGGUAGAAUAA